UUCUUCUACUCUAGAGCACAAUGUUUAAAGAAAAUAAGUCCGGCCCUGCCUCAUCAUAAUCCUGCCUCCUUGAUGCUCCGCGCCCGGCUUCUCACUGUGUUUCUUGUGCUCAGAGCAUCAACACGUUGCUGGUCUUCGCGACGUUUAUUUCGUUCAUUCGGCCUAUUUGUUUUUUAUUGUGUGAUCUAUCAUUUCCUGGCGUAAGUAAUUGUAUUAAUGUUACCCUAAUUUUAGACAAAUUUGGUCAGGUGUUUGUCGAAACACUUCUCUCGUUCUAUCGUCCAUAGUUGAAAUGGGAAAAUCCAAAAGGAAUAGAAGUCGUAGUUGCUCUGCGAGCAGCGAGGAUGAUCACGUAUCGACUCGGAAACUUUUAAAGAAGUUGCGUAGGGAAUUUAAGAGUAUAAAACAACAACAAUCUCGGAUUUCCCGGUCUCGUAGUCGCAGCCGACGACGAGAUUCCAUUAGCGAGCCCCGCCAUGAGGCUAGGCGACGGGUUCAGUCCCGAAGUCCGUGCGCACGCUCGCGUUCGCGGGGACGAAGCAGGUCCAGGAGUUUCCGUCGUCACGUACGCCGUGAACGUGAAACGAAAAGUGCCGCUCCAGCGCAGUUAGCGCCUUCGUCAACAUCUUCUGCUAUGCCGCGGGCUUCGCUCGAAACUGCGACGCUGUCACGUUCUGUAGAUAAUUCUGCUGAUCGAGCUAUUCGAAAUGACGCCUGUAGCGUUGUUUCAGAGGGCAGUUUGGUAGAUCUGGGUGCCUGUAGUGCUCAAUCUAUUUUAGGCGAUACGAGAGGUAUAGGUAAUGCCACUCAGGAAAGGAAAAUUGACGAUGCCUGUAGCGUUUUGUCAAAGGAUGUCAUUGAUAUGCUCGGCGACGAUCCAGAAAGCACUGCGGAAAACGGUUCAUUGUUGCACAAUGAACUUGCAAAGAGGUGGAAGGUUUUUUUGCAAAAUGGCCUUAAAAAGGAUGAUUUAUUAACGAUCCUAAGUAAAUAUGACACACCCUCAAAUUUAUCUUUGCUAACGGCCCCGAUUCUCAAUCCAGAGGUUAAAGCCGCCUUACAAAAACCUAUUCUUUCGGUAGAUUUUUCUCACUCCGAGGGUCAAAAUCAAUUAGGAAAGGGGCUUUGUGCUCUAGGCAAAGCAAUCUCUAAUAUCCUGGGAAAUAUUGAGAAUAUUCCCGGAGAUAUGAGGAGUGGUUUAUUGACAGAUCUGUUUAACUCCGGCCGUAUACUUACUAAUCUCUUCCAUCGUGAAUCUGUUAUAAGAAAAAAUCUUAUAACACCCCAUUUAAAGAACCUGCAGGCGGUUGCCGAAAAAUGCAUGCCUGCCGAAUUUCUGUUUGGAACAGAUCUAUCAGAAAAGCUUAAGUCUCUCAAAGCUAUUGAGAGUGCAAGUAAGGAACUUAAAUCGGUGCCAAAACCUCUUUUUAAUAGAAAGAGGGGGGGGCGAUACUGUAAGUGA